UAUAAUCACUGAUAUUUUGUCAAACUUAGAAAAUAAAAGAAAAAAUUGUAAUGAAGAAUUUAAAUCAUUGUUCAGACAUGCUGAGAUUCAAAUGACUGAAUUGGAUAUUGAAUUAAAAAAGCCUCGAAUCGCUUCAAAACAAAUAUCUAGAUCUAAUUAUCAAACCACGUCUAUUGAAAACUAUUAUAAACUUUCUAUUUAUAUACCUUUACUGGAUAAUAUUAUAACAGACUUAAAAUCAAGAUUUCUAAAUGAAAAGUAUCAUGCCAUUUCAAAAUUGCCUUUACUUUUACCCCGUUUCAUUAUUAAAUCUGACACAAAUAAUACUGAUAUAUUAUUAAAGAUAAUAAAAGAACAUUUUACAUUUGAAGAUAGCAAUAUAAUUGAUGCAUUGGAGCUAAAAACUGAAUUACAACUUUGGAAAUCAAGUUGGAUUAGAAAAAAAAAUGAAGGUGAAUGUAUUGACUGUGAUGCCAUUAAAUGUAUUUCAGAUUGUAGUGAAAUAAUUUUUCCUAAUAUUAAAAAACUGCUUGGUAUAAUGGCUUGCUUGCCUAUAAGUGUAGCAUCUGCUGAACGAUCCUUUUCUACUCUAAGACGGCUAAAAACAUGGCUACGUUCAAAAAUGGGCCAGGAUCGCUUAUGCGGGCUUGCACUAUUGCACAUUUAUCAAGAAAUAAAUAUACCAGUGGAUGAAAUUAUUGAACGAUUUUCUCGUAUGAAAAACAGAAAAAUAGACUUUGUAUUAUAAAUUAUAAUUAUAAUAAAAUUAUUUUAUAACAUGCAUUAUACUAUAUUAUUAAAUUAAACAAUAAUUUAUUUUUUAUGUACCUAUUAAUAUUAAAAUGUUUUAUUUCAUAGGUAUUUUACAAGUAUGAAAUUUCCGUUAGGUUAGAUUAGCUGUGACGUACAUUUUUAAGAUAUUUUAAGAAUAGAUAAAAAUAUA